AUGCCUAAUACUGUUGAAGUGGAGCAAACCUUCAAAAAUGUGCAACAUUCAGAAAAUGCAUAUGUUGGGCAGGAGCAUCAUUCAAAUGAUCCAAGUGUUGAGGGGGAGCAAAAUGCAUCUUUGCCUAAUAUUAAUGAUGUUUUUCAUGAUGUUGUUGUCAACAUUUUGAAUGUAGGAGAAACAUUGGAGACUGACGAAGAAUUCGAAGAUACACCAUUGGAUUUUGAUCCAACAUAUCCUCUAAUGGAUAAAUGGAUGAGAAGUCAUCCACAUGAACAAAUUCUUGGUGAUUCAUUAGCUGGUGUAUUGACUAGAGCUCAAAUUCGUGCAAAGAAUGAGAAAUUGGGUUGUGCCCCUCCCGAUUUCAGUCUGAUUUCCAAACCUAGCGACAAGAAGUCAAAAUCAAUUUGUAUCUUACGUCGUUACCUAGUUCCUCCCCCAUCAUCACUAGUUGUUACCUCCUUACCUUGCUCAGUCGCUGCUCGUUGGUCUCGCUAUUCACCACCACAACAGCUGUCACCGGAAAUCAGCUUCUUGAAAUUGGUCUCGCCAUUCACUACCCUUCUAUCACUUGAACUUGUUGUUGCAUCUGGCGUUCCAUGUUGCAGAAGAUGUGCUCCUUAUGAUUUCAUUGGCCUUCCACACAAGGUCAGUUUAGGACAUAAAUUAUGCUAUUAUUUUCCCUUUGAUAGUGUUUAUAAGGUGGGGACAAUGGCUGGAGGAGCUGCAGAUUGUCAGUUUUGGUACAUAAAUUUAGGCAUUAAGUGUCGGUUGCAUGAAUUGGCAAACAAGAGUAGGAUUUCAAUGACUGGCGCUUCAAAGAUGCUUGCCAACAUUCUCUAUUCGUACCGUGGUAUGGGUUUGUUUGUUGGGACAAUGAUUGGCUCUGGUCUGAACUAUGUAGACAGCGAAGGCAGACGUCUCAAGGGAACUAAAUUCUAUGUGGGAUCUGUUUCACUGUUUGCACUGGUUGAAAGGAUGGCAGUUCUUGAUGAAGCAAAUUUCAGUAGAUGGAGGAACGGUUCUACUUCUAUUCCUUCAACUUCAAUGGGAAGUAGUGUUCCUAAUGGAGUUAUUAAAACAACUGCUGCUCCUUUAGUAGACUUGCUUGAUUUAGGAGGAGGAGAAGAACCUCCUCCACCAAAUACAAAUAGCAUGAUGACAGGUGACAACUUUCUUCAAGAUCUUCUUGAUGUUGGAAUGUCCCCAUCUUCAUCACAACCAAAUAAAAUCAUGAAGUAUUCAAAAGCCAUUGUUGCAUCUCAACUUUAUGAGGAACCUGUUGAUCCAUCGGUUGCUUCCCAAAGAGUUGAGCAUUCUGGAGGUCAACGUGUGUGCCUUGACUUACAGAAACUGGACCAGUUUUCCUUUUUCCCAGGCCAGGUGGCAGGCAUUGAAGGACAUAAUCCAAGUGGGCACUAUUUAAUUGCAACAAAGAUUGUUGAUUAUGUACCGUUAUCAGUCCCUAAUGAUGAAAAUAUUCCUCAAAAGAAGAGACAAGCUAUGGAUGAAAAUAACAAGCCUGGUGAUUUAUCUGAUAUAACAUCAUAUCUAUCAUUGGUGUGUAAAGCUUGUUCUUCAAUUUACUAA